AUGAUAAAAGGGGGCCAAAUUGAUAAUUUUAUCACUUUGGUGUCAAAAAAACACAUGCGUCUUUCCGCCUGUAUCCAUCCUUUUUUUUUGCGCUGGCGACGUAAGAUUGCAAAGCUGAGCAAGAAGGAAAUGGAAGAAGAAUUGGUCAUGGAUAUUGGAGAUGAUCGGGUAGAGAAGAUGGAGGAAAGUAAUGCUGCUAAUGUGGAUGAUAUAGGGCAUAAAGUAGAUGAUUUGUUCGCCAGGGUUGAGAAGCUUGAGCAAAGAGUAAAUGAGGUUGAGCAAUUCUACUUGAACUCAAGCAAAAAACAAUCUAAUGCUUCUCAAAAAACCUCAUUUGUGAAAGAUAAAGAAAAGGGAAAACAUAUUCCUGGAUUUAAGAAACACCAACAAGAUUUAGCACGCAGAGAGGCAGUUGCUGCUAAGAGAAUGCAAGAGAUUAUGCGACAAUUUGGCUCAAUUUUGCGUCAGAUAACACAACACAAGUGGGCCUGGCCAUUUAUGCAACCUGUAGAUGUUGAAGGUCUUGGAUUGCGUGACUAUUACGAGGUAAUUGACAGGCCUAUGGACUUCAGUACAAUAAAAAAUCUAAUGGAGGCGAAAGAUGGGACAGAAUAUAAACAUGUUCGUGAUAUAUGUUCAGAUGUGAGAUUGGUUUUUCAGAAUGCCAUGAAAUAUAAUGAUGAUAAAAGUGAUGUUCAUAUGAUGGCUAAAACUUUGUUGGAGAAGUUUGAAGAGAAAUGGCUUCAGUUUUUACCAAGGGUUACCGAAGAGGAAAAUAGGCGAGAAGAGGAGGAAGUAGAAGCAUUGUUGAAUCUGCAGCGUGCUCAGGAGACUGCUCAUGCUAAAAUAGCGAGAGAACUUUGUAACGAGCUUUAUGAAGCCGAUAUGUACUUGGAAGAUCUCCGAGAGACUGUUGUUCAGAAAUGCAGGAAAAUGUCGAUUGAAGACAAAAGAAACCUUGGGAUAGCUCUGACUCAUUUGUGUCCUGAGGAUCUUAGCAAGGCACUCGAUAUUGUGGCUCGACAUAAUCCGGGUUUCAACUCAACAGCUCUAGAGGUUGACCUUGAUAUUGAUUCUCAGAGUGAAUCGACUUUAUGGAGGUUAAAGUAUUUAGUAAAAGAUGCUCUUCUAAAAGUUCACAAGAAGAAUGAUGAGGCGAAUGAAGCCAAGUGUUAUGUGGGUCCCACCCAACCAACAAACACUACAAGAACGAUUGCUUCCAAAAGGAAGAAGGAAAUAUGUAAUGCUCUUGCUAGGACUGCAAAGAAAAGGAACCAGAAACUCUCUUCUUAGAAAUGGAACAUUCCGGAAUAUGCAUAACAUGGGGUUUUGUGGAAUCCUAGGUAAGAUGAGAACAUGGAUGACUUAUUUGACGACUAGGCUUUGUCGGUGGAAGAACAUGAGGUUCUUGACAUUGACCACUUUGAAGGCAACUUUUUGUAUGUAAUGUAUCAUUAUAUCAUAUUAUCAUGUAUGCAUGGAUGAUGAUGUUAAGUGUCA